GUAUUCAUAGUCAUUGUCACCACCAAGCAAAACAUUCGGGACCUGUUGAUUAUGGAAUUUUCCUUGAUGGGGGCCCACUGAACAAAGCCUAUUUAAAACCUUGUCGGUGCUUUUUUCUUUACGUGAAAGACUAGCACUGGAGAUGUGGAAAUUAUCCGUAGGAGGGUUGGUGGGAAUUAUUCUUUGCUUUCAAUAUGCCUAUGGUCAAAAGUUGGCGAAUAAAAUUGCCAACAACCUGGGAGUGAAAUAUGCUGUGCGUACAAACUUUGCAGUGGUGGGUCGAGUCCCCCAAUCCGUAGCCAUACUUACUUUAAAGAACAAAGGAAACACCGAGUUACCAAGUUCAGGAUACUCCAUAUUUUUCUGUCAUGACAAUUUCUUGUUCCCUGUCAGCUAUCAAGAGGAACUUGGUAAAUACGAAUCUGCGCCUUACGGGGGAUCUUUGUUGAUAGACGGAUAUAUUUUCCAUUUUAUCCAUGGUUGUAUGUACGAAAUGAAGGCGAUCAAUGCUGCCAUUAAGCCACAAGAAUCCAAAAACAUCACUUUAUACUUCUCACCAUUUAGUGUUUCUAAACAUGACGCAUUCAGAAACUGGUAUAUUGUCGAUGAUGCCUCCAAUUACAAAGUGAUACCAGACACCCAAAACCGAGACUUUGUGGCAGACUUUGAAACUCCCCUCAAUCAGUUACGUAGAACAGACGACUUGGACAGUGUGCCUUUGGAACCACAGGAUAGGCAGAACAAUACUGUACCUUUCAAUAACACCGGAACCUCGAACGGUGUAAUACCGAAACCUAGAGUCCAAACAAUCGUUAAUGCAGCCGCAAACAUCGACAUUAAAACACCUGGAGUUUGGAAGAUUUCCACCAAACACAGGGCGCUAGCGGCUGCAAAGAAAUAUCUGGCAUCUGAAACUAAUAUUAAGACAGAUGAUGUGGCUCCAUCCAAUCCAAAGACUAUAGAACUCAACCUGAAGCCGGCAUCGUACUUUCCUACAAAUGAAUAUGGACCCUUUAGUGACGAAGCUUACGAAUUAAAGAUAAAUCCGAACAAAAUUGAAAUCAAUGGCGCCUCCUAUAAUGGAGUUAUCAAUGGCAUCCACACACUUACUUCCCUGCAGGCCUGGGGGAAAGUCUCUCGACAAACAAUUAAGGAUGGUCCAAGAUUUUCAGAAAGGGCUCUAAAACUGGACAUAGCAUCCAACUUUUAUAAACCCUCUGAAAUAAAAAGGAUUAUUGAUUUGAUGGCCUAUUACAAGCUUAACCGUCUGUAUUUGCAAAUCUGGAACAACCAUGGACUUCGAUUGGAUAUUGGAUUUGGAGUCGCUGAGAUCGCUGGAAAAAGGUGUCAUGACAGAGAAGAGCAGAGGUGUUUAUUUACCCAACUUGGAUCCAAACCAGACGGAACUGGUAAAGGAAACGGAUAUCUGACACCCAGUCAAUUCCAAAACCUCUUGAAAUAUGCAGCAAAGCGCAACAUCAUGAUAGUUCCAUCGAUUAACGUAGGCGAUGAUGCACGUGCAGUGGUGGUGGGUAUGCACCGAGCCAUACAGCAAAACAAUGAGGGAAUAAGCUUGUUUGAUCCUACAGAAGUUGCAGAUUUGAGAAUGUCUGGUAGAUAUCCUGGAAAAGACAGUGCCAUUAAUCCAUGUAGACCCGAGACACUUGACUUUGUGAGGUACAUGUUGGGAAACUUCACUGAUUUGUAUGCACGUGCAGGAAUACGGUUCAAUAGAUUGCACUUUGGAUCUGACUUCAACACUGAACAAAUGAUGACCUCCAAGCACUGUUUCCCGAAUCCUCCCAGAAACGCAACAGAACUCCAGGCAGCUCGUUCACACCUAACAUUUAUUAAAGCUGAAUUCCUGAAAAAUAUUGGGGACAUAUUCGAGGGAGCGAAGGUUGAUUUGAGUGGAACAGUAGAUUUCUUCACUGGCUUCCCUGAUAACAGUCACGUGUCCAGAAUGACAGUUAUGGACAAGAGCAAACGAUACCCAAAUAUAAGCGCUUAUGCCAUCAAUGAUGACUAUAUGCGAUUUAAUCCACCUGCAACACCAAAUGUACCAAUGGAGGUUUACUCUCAGCGCGCCCAACUUUUGAAGAACAACGGCUACAAGGUUUUAGUGUCUCCUCCACAUAAAACCAAGUUCGAUACAGCAUACGAACCUGAUCCUAACGCGCCCGGAGAUUACAGCGUCGCUACCAGAAACGUGAGUUUAAGAGAAGCAUUCUCUUGGGCCCCCAACAGCAGAUGUUGUAACCUCAAUCUCGCCCCCGAACAAAUAGCCAACGAAGUUACCAAACACGGCUGCCUUACAGAUCCUUUGUGUGAACCCUUUUCAGAGGGCAUAUCUGGUUUUGAUGGUACUUUAGCUACUAUUGAUUCCCGCAAGUUACCCGAUAUCGACACUGCUAUUCAGCUUCUUAGUCCCCGUCUUAUGGCCUUCGCCGAACGGUCUUGGACUGAGGCUAAAUGGGAGGAAUCUUUUAAGGGAGCAACACCUUACCAACCCCCAACGGGACAGCGUCAACCCCAAUUACCACCCUUAACUCCCCCCACACCAAUCCUGGACGUGGAUUUUGCCGAACAGGAGAAAGACUACCAACGAUUCAGAAACAUUGUUGGUGCGAGGGAGGUCGUGAGAUUGGCCUUUAAGAGACUCCCAGUGUUCUGUUCAGCCCCAGGAGCAAGGGUUGUUAAGGAAGGCGCAGUUUCGAAAUUACAAUCCUCCUGUAUGUACCCGAACAUGUUACUAUUCGCCAAGAACGAUUUAGGACAAUAUGAAGCACUGACAACUGUACCCAAUAAAAAUGUGACGAUCAAAUGCAUGUAUCAUUUGCCAAAGUAUAGAUCUCUUUUUGAUUGUCAAGAACAAAGAUUUGAUGCCAAUCUUGAUAAAACACCUUACGAACAUGUCAGUGAUCAUAUACAGCAAAGAGCCGACGCCAUUCGCAGAGAACAAGAGGCUGUCAGGCGUCAACAGCAACAAGCAUACUUGGCUCAGCAAGCCUUGAUAGCUAGACAGCAACAAGCAUUAUUACAACAACAGCAAGCACAACUACAAGCACAACAACAAGCACAGCAACAAGGACAGCAACAAGGACAGCAACGCCGUCAAGGUGCAAGUACUGCGCAACAAGGUAGAGGUCAAGUAGGUCAAAACCGCCAAGCUGGUGUCCAGAGAGGAGCGGGACUGGGAGGAAGGGCACAACAGCAAAGGAUGACGGGAUAAGUUAGUCAUGUUUGCAUAAUUGCAUAAGCUGGAUAUUUCCAAUGGUACCACUGUUUACAUUCAAGAAUCCAUGAUCGAAUACUAAUGUGGAAUUUUUUUAAAACCCUCUCGUGUGACUUUUGCACGAUUUAAAUAUUUUUACACCUUGUAAAAUUUUAUAUGGCGAUUUGACUUUUUUCUUGUGUAAUUACACAAUAGUUCUACUUGAAAAUCUGUUUCAGUUUUUCUAUUUUAUCCUUCAUGCUAAAUUGACUCUGUUUUGAAUUAAGUAUUCCACACUAAUGCCAUAUGUUCUUAGACUAAUGUAGCACGACAAUGUAUCUAUACUCAAGUAUGUAUAACUAGCUUGUGGUCCCUAAUAUUCAUAUUUAGAUAAUGAGAAUGGGAAUACGUGUCUUUUCUACAAAUGCAAACGAAAAUCGCUCACGUUAUAGUCAAUCAAUUUCUCUCCAUACUUAUUUGAGACUCUGAACAUUAUGUGAUUCACUGUCGGUGCUAUAUUCGUCAGUUUCCUGACAGAGUGUGGUAGUUGUAGACCUAUAUGUUGAUAGUAUGUUGGAUUCUAAUUUUUAUAUGCUUAUACAAACUGUUGAACUAUUGCAUACAAGUUAUGUGUGAUCUCAUGAAAGCUCAGUUAUGUUAAACAUGACAUCAUCCAGUGACACGCGCACGUUUGUGGUGCGUUAUUCAAUAAUGAUUGAAAUAAAAUUUGGAAAUGGGA